AUGUCCUCCGAAUACCCGACGGAAGAGGAACGCGAGAGACUGCGAAACGCUCUCGCACUGCUCGAGAAUAAACCCCCUUUGCCGUUGUGUCGUUUGUUCAGAGAGGCGUUGCUGAGUGGCGGCGCGUGUCGCGAUAUCGUGGAGAAGCAUGUGAUGUGUAAACUGAACGGGACGGAUCUUAAAUUCUUUUACGAGUUGAAUACGGAGACGAGAGAGUUGAUUAAGAGAUCGUCUCGCAAGGGUGAUUUGAAGAAGAGGUUUAAGGUCGAAGAGAUGUCGUCGAUAUCGACUUUGGAAGUAGCGUGGGAGCAUAAAUCGUUGUGGCCGAUUUGGUGGGACGAACCAUGGUUCUGCUAUCAAGUUGCUAAAACGAAUAAACUCGAGUUGCUCAAGUGGGCGCGAGAGGAGAAAGAGUGUGAGUGGGAUGAAUGGACGAUUAAUAGGGCCGCACGUCGAGGUAAUCUGGAAAUGGUAAAGUAUUGCGUGGCAAAUGAGUGUCCUAUUGAUGUGAGUGCGUGUGCAAAUGCUGCCUUAGGAGGUCAUCUCGAGCUACUCAAAUACUUACACGAAGAAGCCAAAGCGCCUUGGGGUUCGAGUACUGCCUCUUGGGCGGCUGAAAAUGGUCAUCUUCACAUACUCGAAUAUCUUGUUGAGCGUAAGUAUGAUAAUUAUAACGAAUGGGCGUGUAGGUUGGCAGCCAGGAACGGCCAUUUAGACUGUUUGAAGUACUUACACGAAACCGCCAAAGCGCCGUGGAAGUCUUUGGCCGUCUUGUUGGCACACAGGAACAACCACCUCGAAUGUUUACAAUACCUCCUCGACAACAACUGUCCUCUCCCACCCGGUUGGCGGUACGAAGGAGGGACGUUAUAUACGGAAGUAGAACGCUCGCACUCAUAA